ACUUAUGUUUUUCGAUAUAUUUGUACUAAAAGUUUAGGCACGCUUUUUUUGGAUAGAAAUAAAUGUGGACCAAAAGUAGAAGGGGGCAUUUUCCACGUGACACGGCAUGCAGCUCAUGUGCUGUGCACAGCACAGGUCGGCCCUGCGCCGUUCACGCGCGGAAGCACAGCCUGUGAAUGAAAGAGUAAGUAACAAAACUGGAAAAGUGGAACGCGACAAUCGUGAGCUGUGGACUGCGCCACGGUUUGGUUUGAACGACGAUGACGACGGACGGCUCUUUCCUUCCUUGGUCUCUACUCCAAGUCGCUUUCCAACUCCGAUCCCUCCUCCUCUCUCCGACACUCGGUCCACCGCUGGCAGUCGCUGGCAGGUGGUCCCCGUGGACUCCUGUCCUUGCCUGCGGGCCGCUAAAGACGGAACAAGAACGGGCCGGGCGCGUCCGGCCGAGCUAUAGCUGCUUCUGGAAAAAACCGCUGGCCCGCGUCCGCAUGGCGCCCGGCGGCACGAUGCCCCCGUGCGCGCCCCACCUCAUGUUCCGCCGCCCGGGCCUCGCCGCGCCUGCGCCUCACGCCGUCGUGCCGCCGCCUGCCGCCGCUGGCAUGGACAAGGAGGACGGGGAGCGCCGGCUGAGGCUGUCCGACCUGGAGUGGCUGGCCGACCUCGGCGAGGGCGCGAGCGGGGUGGUGACCAAGGUGCGCCUCCGCGGCACCGCCGGCCCCGCGUUCGCGCUCAAGGUCGCGCACUACCCCGACGACACCGACGCGGGGAGGGAGCAGGACGAGGUGCUCCGCCGCGCGUGCGGGGCCGGGCCGCCGUCGCCGUACGUGGUGCGCUGCCACGCCGUCCUCCGCGGCGAAGGCGGCGAGCCCGCGUGCCUCCUCGAGCUCAUGGACGCCGGGUCGCUCCACGACGUCCUCCGCCGCCGGGGCGGCCUCCCUGAGCCCGCGCUCGCCGAGGUGGCCGCGCGCUGCGCCCUCGGGCUCGCGCACCUCCACGCGCGCGGCGUCGCGCACCUCGACCUCAAGCCCGACAACCUGCUCGCCAGCGCCCGCGGGGACGUCAAGAUCGCCGACUUCGGCGUCUCGCGGAUCUUCUCCCGCGCCGACGGCCAUCAGCGCUCUACCCGGGUCUCCGUCGCCGUCGGGACCACAGCGUACAUGAGCCCCGAGCGGUUCGCGCCUAACGCCCAGGCCGGCCCGCGCGGGGCCUGCGCCGCCGACGUCUGGAGCCUCGGCGUCACCGUCCUGGAGCUCUUCUUGGGGCACCGCCCUGUCCUGCCUGCCGAACGGACGCCGUCCUGGAAGAUGCUCAAGGAGGCCAUCUGCUACGGCGAUCCUCCGUCGGUGCCGGACAGCGCGUCGGCGUCGGCGGAGCUGCGCGGGUUCGUGGCCGCGUGCGUGCAGAAGGAUCCCCGGAGGCGUGCCACGGUGCCGCAGCUGCUCGCGCACCCGUUCGUGGCCCGCCGGGACGUGGAGGCAUCGCGCCGCGCGCUACUAGAGAUUAUCGUGGAGACCAUAUAGGAUAUCGGGACAGAGACAAGAUCAAUUGUAUUCUUGAGAUGAACUCUAUUACUGUUGUUCUUUUUGAGUUAUUUGUAGCUAGAUUAUGGUGAAGAUCUCUUUCAUCAACCUGAACUUUUAGACAAGCUAGGUACUCUCUCUUUUUUUGGGAGGGAAAACAGAGUUUUAUUCCGGAGGCAAGAGCACUAGAGACCCAUAAACUUGCGUUGGAUG